UUCCCGACUAUUUAUUAUAUUGUAUGUCCCGGACUCGUUAUAUUAUUUUACUAAGUCUCAACCCGGAAUUAUUUCACAUUAUUAUUUCUAUUCAUUACGCCUAUUCUUUCCCAGUAACUACCUUCCUCUCUAUCUUGACAUUAUCCAUUUAUAAUUAUUUCCUUUUUGUCUGUAAUUCAUUUCAGUUACCAUUACUUUUCCUUCCCGAAUACACUAAACCCAGUAAAGAUAAUUCAAUUAACAUUUCCCUCCCUUCAUUAUUCAAAUUAUCACUCCUCAACUUUCUCAGAAUUUUUAUUUCAACAAUAUUUUAA